GGAUCGUCAAGCUCGAGAUCGCAUGACCUUGUCAAAAUCUAGCUAAAAAUGGCUUACUACUCCUUCCUUCUUGUUCUGGUUCUAGCUUUAUGCCACAGCUCAGCCCAUGGUGCGGCUCCUGCAUCAAGCCACAACCCCACCCAAGUCACAACAACCCCAAUACCAUUACCAAAUGUAGCUAAUGAGUUCCUACAAUCUCACAACCAAGCAAGAGCAGCAGUCGGUGUUGGCCCUCUCAAGUGGAGCGAAAUGCUAGCCAAUGCCACAAGCAGAAUAGUCAGAUACCAAAGGAACAAAAUGGGUUGCCAAUUUGCAAACUUGAGCGACAGUAAGUAUGGUGGAAAUCAGUUAUGGUCUAGUGGCAUGGCUGUGACUCCACGUAUGGCUGUUGAUAAUUGGGUGCAAGAGAAGAAUUACUAUAACCACACUGGCAAUUCCUGUGCGCCAAAUCAUAGUUGUGGUGUUUACACACAGGUGGUGUGGAGGAAAUCUCUGGAGUUGGGGUGUGCACAAGCAACAUGUGUGAAGGAGCAAGCUAGCUUAACUAUAUGUUAUUAUGACCCACCUGGGAAUAUUAUAGGGGAAACCCCAUAUUAGACAAGAUGUAGCUACUUAAAUAAAUCUCUAGUCAUCUGUGUUUGUUCAAGUUCUGUAUUGUGUAAGUGUUCUUUUAAAUGAAGAUCUCAGCACUUAUGUUUA